ACUCUACGACUCGUCGGCCGUUAGUGUUAGGCCUGCAUUCAGUUGUUGUUUGGAGUUCACAGAGUGAAGGUGUGCGCACGGGACAAAUUUGUACAUGCUUUUAUAGUGCUGGAUUGUCGUCACCUUAGAGUUGCCCUGUUAUUACUUUGUUAAAUCGGACCAGAAAGUGAAAGGAGGAAGAAAAAAAAGAUCAACACAGCGCCAAGAUGACAGCAACUUCAGUGGCUGUGUCUGUGUGUUUACUCACGGUGGUGAUACUUCUAUGUCAUCUACAGAUUGCCUCAUCCUGCUCAUGCUUACCACAGCAUACACAACAUCACUUCUGCAACUCACAUUUCGUUAUCAAAGUGCGCAUCAAAUCCGUCAAGAUGGUCGUCAAGAAAGGUUUCAGUACAAAUGAUUUACAACAGCUCCCUCUACCGGUCUUGACAAGCGCGGAGAGAUCGUACAAGGUUUGGGUUCGAGAAGUCUACAAGGGACAUCAAUUCAUUGCCGAAGGGAGCCACCCCGAAUUAUACACAUCUUUUUAUGAAUCAAUGUGCGGCGUGGCAAAUCUGGAGGUUGGAAAAACAUACGUCAUUAUGGGCAAGAUUUCAGCAGCAAAACUAAAGUUCACAAAUUGCAACUGGAGGGAACCAUGGGAGAAGAUUUCAAAGAAUCAACGACGGGGGCUCCGAUAUUGGUACGAGAAAAACUGCGACUCCUGCAAGAUUGAUGCCUGCGGUGCCUUUUCCCCCUGCAGUCAACAAGAGAAGGAGCGAGCCGCGAGCGGAGAGAGCUGCCUUUGGGACCCCAUGAGCGGCCAGUGUCAGAACCUCCACUCCUCCUGCGUCAAGCACGACGGCGGAGCCUGCAGGUGGUUCAAGACCACCGAGCUCAUGAGGAGCAAGAACUGUACAAAGUCAAACCAGAAGGUUCUCAACAAAAAGAAGGAUUUCUUUCAUCGGUGAAAAAAUUCACAUCCUUCCCCAAUGUAACCAAAGAAAAAAAUGAACAUCUUGUACGAGUUAUUUAAAUUGCUAUUUUUAUGUGAAUCCACCUUUGUAGAGUAUUAACAGCACAUAUUUAACUUGUAUACCGGGGCCCGUUUUUAUCGCACUGCCAAAUAAAAAAUUUUGCUUACACAUUUUGUGCUUAGCAAAACAAACUAACAUGAUACCAGUCAGAUAUUAGGUCUUGGGCUGGUAACCUUGCUCUUGUAAGCAUAAUUGUGUUGCUCUUGAGCUGCUUUUUGAGCUUAAAGCAGCUCUAUGAAAUCGGGCCCUGCUUCUUAAAAAUGUAAAAGAGAUGCACAUAUUUUGUAAGACAGAUUUUCUAAAUCAUUUUUGAACACCCCCUUUUGUACCUUGAGGACCAAAAUUUUCUACGCUACAUUAUGCAACAGUGCCUUGAGAAAAAAAGCACAUUUGUAAAACACCAACAAAACACCUUGAAAUUUAUUCAUGCGCUUCAAUAUUCAGGGAUAAUGAUAGCCUCCAACACCAGCAGCUAAAGGCUCCUAUAUAUCAACCUUUCCUUAAUGAUCAUAGUCUCCGAAUUCAGCCACUAUUAUUAAUCAUUUCAAAGGAUAGGUAUGGAAGUAGAAAGAUCCUACAUUGUGUACGUAUACUUCUACGUCCACAAAGAUCACAGUAAUGAGGGCAGUUGGAACAAGUAACUUGUUAGAUAAAAUCGUAGGUGUCAUGAAACUGGCGCCUUCAAUCGCUGGCAGUGCUCCAUGGUCUUACAUGGAUCGAUGUGGCUGUCUUACAGAGGAACCUUUGCCUGCUUGUGGCUCAAACACGCCCUUCGCAAAUGGGCUUAUCAGCCUCUGAAUUAUUAUACAAAUCGACCAUGGCAAAAUUAACAACUCAUCUCAAGAUAAACCAUUGCUUUCUGAAAACGGAAUGAAAUUUUCCAAUAUUUACUUUAGCAUGCCACACCUCAGAGAACAAUAUAAUUACCUCAUAGAGUCAACAAAAGUAAAGUUGGCGUUAAUUCAUUCCAACUGUUACCUCUUUUGUAAGAUGAGUCACACGAAAAAAAAAAAAAAAAAGAUUACAGCUAUUUUGUUUACAGUCAUGCUUUGUGAAGUACGACACGAAUUCCACAAGUAAUGUGCAAAACAUUUUUAAGUCGAAAAUGCAAGAGGUAAAGGAGAAAAUCACUUCAGAUCAACACCAUUAUUCAAAGUGUGACUCUUGUUACUUGAUUAGUCCAGUGUUACUGGCUGCUGUUAUUUUUGUCACGUUUCGUGACGUUAGUGAGUGUAAUAUAUUUAAGUAAAGAGCAUGUACAUGUCAUGUAAGAUGUAUAUUUUGGUUUGCAAUCGCAAGUCAAACACCAUCGCACACCAGUAUUAAGUUUCUUGUAGAACAGCGUACUUGCAUACUCUGGUUUAAUCUAUGUAUUGUUUAUUCAUUAUUUUUCCACUUGAGAAAACAG